AUGUUCAAGCUUACUACUGCCUUUAUUGCCGCUGCGGCUCUGUUGUCGGCCACUGCUCAGGCUGAUCCGCUCCAGUGCCACAUGCAGGCGUUCAAUGCCAACAUCAUCUCUGUCGACGCCUACUCUGCUAAUGACUUGUCUGACAAGCACGCCCCAUUGGGCGCCUCGGGCUACUUCGCCGAUGUCACUCUGACUGGAAAGUAUCACCAGGACGUCUUUGACGCCCGUCAUUGGUUGACCAUGCGUCACUCGGGUACUGACUGUCGCAAUGUCAAGGGCACCGAUUCCAAGGUUUGCAACAUUGACUACGUCGAAAACCAGCCCGGGAACUCGUGCGCUCAGGUCACUCAGAGGUCGCACCUCCUCGGUUGGUCGUCUGGCAAGGCUCUAGACAUCUCUGCGACCGCGCCCAAUGCGCCCGUUCACUUUCGCGCCUCGUUGGCUCCCUCGCUCCAGACCUGGUGGACCGGCCUGCCCAACACCUGUGCCGUUCAGAGAUACAACGCCCCUCACAACCCCUACAAGAUUGUCACGCUCACUGCUUCGGGCAUGCACACCUGGACCAAGCUCGUCAUCAUGCUCGACGCGCCCGAACCUUCUUUCUUCAAAUCUUGGUCAUGCGAGUACAACGACUCGCUCUCUCCUGUUGUUGGUAACAUACAGGUCUCUGAGGAUGGCAAGACCUACACUCUCACCAAUGUCAAAUACCAACCGAUCCUCUACUCUGCCAACGAGGAGAACAAGUCUUAA